GUUUAGAGGCACUGACUUUUCUUGGUUCACCAAUUCCCCCACAACAAAAUACCACCGUGGCUGUUUUGCUCAGCAUGCAUGAGCAACCUCAUUUCAGUACUCAUGGAGUCUCUUUGCUUUCUAAAGACUGGGGGAAAAGGCCUGGAUUUGAGAAAACCGACUGGUUGCCUCGGCCGUUAGGACCUACACUGCCAGAGAUUAGAAAUUCGCUGAGAACUGAUGCGUCGGGUUUUUCGUCAUUUCUCGGUGUUUCUACACCAAAUGUUGCAGGAACUGUGGAACCGGUUGAUCGGUAUGGACGAGGAAUGGCUUCGAUGCACGUUUUAAAUCAAAUUCCUUCAACGCCCAAUAUUCCACUUCAUGAAGCAUUCAACUCGUCGUUAAAGUUAGAUGAAAGGAACCCAUUACUGGGGUCUAGUAAUCGUUUACUAAACGUGGACACGAGGAAUGAUGAGUUUUCUACGUUUGUGCGUCAUGGUCGGGCUGUGGAUGCGAAGAAUCUUGGUGCAUCAGCAUUCGAUCAAUUUCGACUGAACCCGGCUCCAACAUUGGUUUCACAACCAUCUCCCGCUCCUAUAGUGCCUACUACACCCAGCAAAUUAACACUUCCGUCGCCUCCCCCCUUGUCGUCCAUGCAUUUGUCUUCUCCGGCAGCCCAAUUGCAGAAGCCGCCCCCCAUUGCCAUCACUCCGUUCUCCAUCCUUCAGUUGUCGUAUGUACAAAUUUUGGCUCUCUGUCAUGACCAACUUGGUUGCCGGUCACUGCAACGCGUUUUGGAAAGUAACGAUCCGCUUGUCAUUGACAAAAUAUUCCGGACGACCUAUGAGUUUAUUCCGAAUUUAAUGGUCGACGCGUUUGGCAAUUACUUGUGUCAAAAGCUUUUCGAACAUGCUAAUGAUUUUCAGCGGACCGCUUUUGUAAAAGUAAUAUCCAGUAAGCUCGUUCCUAUUUCGUUAAACAUGCAUGGGACUCGGGCUCUGCAAAAGGUUUUGGAACUGGUGUCCCUUCCAGAACAAAUUGACUGUGUUGUAAAGUCUUUACAAAACAAUGUUGUUUUGUUAAUUAAGGAUUUAAACGGAAACCAUGUGAUUCAAAAGUGUUUGAAUCAGUUUUCCUCUGAGGAUUCCCAGUUUAUAUAUAGUGCUAUAUGUAGAAAUAUUGUCGAAGUGUCAACACAUCGACACGGUUGCUGUGUCGUACAACGAUGCUUUGACCACGCAUCUCCCGCGCAGCGCGAGAUGCUUGUACUUCAUAUUAUUCCUGUUGCCUUGGAAUUGGUGCAGGACGCCUUUGGAAACUAUGUCGUUCAAUACGUAUUGGAUCUCAAAGAGCCGGUGUAUACAGAUGCCGUUAUACGCAAGUUUUUGCAUAAGGUCCGCAUGCUGUCUGUUCAAAAGUUUAGCUCAAACGUGAUGGAAAAGAGUCUUUCCAUGGCUUCAGAUGAAUUAAGAGCUCUUCUUAUAGACGAGUUGUUGGAUAAGAAACAUUUAUCGAGACUUCUCAAGGAUCAAUUUGCAAAUUAUGUAGUGCAAACUGCACUUGAAUGUGCGUCCCCGGAGCAACGGGCAAAGAUGUUUGCUAGUAUUAAACCACUGAUGUCGCAGAUGAAGAACAUUCCGUGUGCCCGUCGAGUCUUAGCAAAGAUGGAGCGCUACUCUGUUGCUUCCUCAUAAUUUGCUUGUUUCAUUGUUUUUGAUGUUUUGAAUACAUUUGUCUCUGGUCUUGUACUCAUGCAAGCUUCAUUUAUUGGUUGCUUGAGUACUACUUUUUCCUGCAAAUGCAUGUUGGCGUAGAAAAGCUGAUUUGUCUGAGAAGGGUGCGUACUUGCGCAUUCAUUUAAUGUUCUCGCAACUUGAAUGUUUUUGGCUCAACGCCCUAUGUUGUAUGCAAAAUAUGUGUAAAAUAGUGUAUAUUAUACAUUAAGUUUAAAUGGGUAUUAACUAUCAUCAUAUACAGUGAAUGUCGUCGAACUUCAACUCUGUAGUGAAGGAAUCAAAGUGUGCAUUUUCCGCCCACUCCUGUAGUAGGGAACGACCAAAACAAAGGACAUUUUUAACAUCCAUAUGAUCCAGGAACAUGGGCAUGGGUGUGCUGUUCUCGUUUGUAUACAAUGCCCAAGUUUUGGGAUAAUUGCUCAGCAACUCUCGCAUUGGCAGUAAUGUGCUCGCAAGCUUAAAACAGUUAGACGCCUGGUACCAGGCUUCUCUCACUUUCACGGCAAGCUGCGUCAGACUUUUCAGCUCCUCUAACUCUUCUGGAGACUGUAGACCUUUUUUGGCGCUUAGGCGUUUUGAGACGUUGUGUUGAAGAAUAUCCAUACGUCUCAUCUCGAUCGUAAAUAUCCGUUGAAAAACAAUACCCAUAAUUUGGUUGCAAAGACUGCGUAAAUGAGGAUGCAUGUUUUGUUUGGGAUGCUGAAUGUAAUGAAUGUAUGCCGGUAAUGUACGCCAGUUGCUGGCUGAAGGAGGAGCUUUGCGUAGCUCAUUCAAAAAAUAGUGGGCUUCAAAAGCAAGUAUAUAGCACAAUAGUGCGUCCACUGCGUAUGUUUGGGAAUAUGUUCCUUUCUUGUCGGCCUCUUUCUUUUGGCGCUUACCGAUUACGGUGAACUUUUUGAAGAGAGAACUCAACUGUGCCUCGCGAUUUGAAGAAGGCGAGGAAACCGGCGUACUAUUUUCGGAUGAGUGUGAGUUGGUUGGCCUUGAACUUUCUGUUCCUGGAGUCUCAUGUUUCCGCAGUUUUCGAUAAUCCGAUAGUGUAACGCUGAGUUUUCGUUUCGCAUCUUGCUUGUCUCCAGCACUCGAUUCCUGUGAAGACGACACGGUUGGAGGAUUCUCACGCGGUCUGUUUUGUCGAGGAUUUGGAUUACUGGUUGCGAGAACCUUAGUAGAACUAUCACUUGUUCCAUUCCCUUCUGAUUUUACUGGCUUCGCAUGAUUAACAGGACUAUGAACCUUUGCAGAUGAGUCUUCUUGAGACCUUGCAGAAGGUUGUUUGGUUGUGGGUGAGGCCGUUUCUGCCGGCAAAUGUGCUUGCGUCUUGGCUGGAAGAGUCGGACGGCGCUGUGUAACGGAUGAUUCCGAGCUUUUGUUCGUGUCCGAUGGAGUAUAACCUUUUUUUGAAACUGGAGCCGAGGCUGCCGGCUUUGACUUUACUGUGGGUUCUUGUUUUUGCGAUGUUGUCGUUUGUGAAGUGCCCCCCGAAGUCCUAACUCUCGAAUUGGUAACAGCAGGCGGAGUGGUUGUCUGCUCCUCUUUGUGAGCAAGUUCCUGUUGCACUUGUUUUUGAGGAUUUGGAGUCGGAGAAGUAGGAGCAUCGAGUUCAGUCGAGUCAAAAACUGCAGGGAGUGUUGGACUCAAAGGUUUGGGUAGAACAGGAUCAUUAAUGAAGACGCUCGGAAUCGUCGGUGUGACGGGAGAAGAGAGCACGAAACGUAAAGAGGACUCAACCGUUUUCUGUUCUUUCGGCGUCUCCAACAUGAAUUCCUUCAAAGUCAAUGGCUUCCGUAACUGCAAUGAG